AUGAAAGUUGAAUACCAUCUUAUGUAUCUUCCAAAAUGCUUGAAAGAUUUCAAAAAAUCAAUGAAAGUUGGUUGGUUUCUACAUACUCCUUUUCCUUCAUAUGAAAUUCACAAGACAUUGCCAUCUCGAUCAGAGCUGUUGUACUCAGUUCUUGCUGCAGAUUUAGUCGCGAACUGUCCCAUUGAUAUAGAUUCAGAUCGCUUUAUACGUGCACUGGAGCUUCCUCAAGUCCAGGAACACAUCAGAGAACAUAAAGAAAGAUUUGCUGGGCGGAAGGUGAAGUUAGGUGUAGAUCGCCUUGAUAUGAUCAAAGGGAUUCCUCAGAAGAUAUUGGCCUUCAAAAAAUUCCUCGAGGAAAACCCUGAUAGGCGUGACAAAGUAGUUUUUUUGCAAAUUGUUGUGCCAACUAGAACAGAUGUUCCAGAGUGUAUACUUCUGUCUAAAUUUGCAUUGCUUCUUCUUGUGUUUGCCUGA